AUGGCACCCAUUGCAAUCACCCCUCCACCGGUUGAGCCUAAGCAGGCUCGACCUGCUAUGCAGCGCGCCAACACUGCCAACAUGGGUACGAAGCGAAAGAUCAUCUGCUUCUCAGACUUUGACGGCACUAUCUUCAUGCAAGAUACCGGCCAUACCCUGUUUGACAACUUCGGUUGCGGUCCGGAGAAGAGGAAAAUUUUGGCACACCAACUAGAGUCUGGAGAACGUUCAUUUCGCGAGGUCUCGGAUGAGCUCUACGCUUCGCUAGAUAUACCUUUCGAGGAUGGCUUCGAGGUCAUGAAAACUGCCUUGGAUAUCGACCCUGAUUUCCAGACCUUCCACGAGUUCUGCGUCAACAACAACAUUCCUUUCAAUGUCAUUUCGGCGGGUCUUAAGCCUGUAUUGCGGAGGGUCCUCGAUCACUUCAUUGGAGAGGAAAUGAGCAAACACAUUGACAUCGUGGCCAACGACGCCAAGAUUGCCGAUGAUGGCAGCAAAUGGGAAGCCGUCUGGAGACACGAUACAGAUCUCGGUCACGACAAGGCGCGAUCAAUCAAUGAGUACAGGGCAGCUGCGGCACUGGAGAGCGAGAAUGGUACAGUACCGAUGAUCGUCUUCAUUGGUGACGGCGUCUCAGACCUUCCAGCAGCACGUGAAGCUGACGUGCUUUUCGCUCGCCGAGGGCUGAGAUUGGAGGAGUACUGCAUUGAGCACGACCUCUCGUACAUCCCCUUCGACACCUUUGCCGACAUUCAGAAAGAAAUGAUCAAGGUUGCCAAGGUCGACGAUGAAAAGACACACGGCAAGGGCUUGCCAUCCAACUUCAACCCUCGCGCGAACAUGUGGAGAAGGGUCAGCAGCCGGGCCGCUGUGCCUGUGUUCGCGGCUAUGAGUCCGCGCAAGGAAGAGAAGGCUUUCUUGUGGCCCGAGACCUUCACCCAGCCGGCUACGGUGCCGAACACAGAGCAAGCGAAGGCUGCCAUUGCGGCGCCAGUCGCAUAG